AUGUGGAAGAUAGUUGCUUUAGCGGCCAGCUUGGUUUUAUUACCGGCCAGUCAGGCCCAGCAGUUCCCUUUGUUGCAAACUUCUUACGAGUCGUUCGAACUGACCCCAAAAUGCCUCGAGGCACUCGACACCGUAUUAGAUUGCUCUGUCCUGCUGAUGAGCCAUGUCAAGUCUGAAUCCCCUCGAGUUGACCUUCUCGACGUCAGUGGGAUUGAAGAGAUAUGCACCAAAAGCUGCAGAACCUCGCUGUCAGACUUGCGUACCAAGAUCCAGAACGACUGCGAUCCCAAGCACGACGUUUUUGACCACAACCUGGCGCUGUACCCAGCGACUUACAUUGUAGACCGUUACAUAUAUGUAUAUGACAUAUCGUGCUACAAACACAGGGACACAGGAAACGCGUGCGACUACGUGCUGAGUGAAUGGCGGAACGAUACUGAUUCGACGCCCCGCGAAUGUGACGACUGCAUCCUCGGGCCCAUGCAGCUAGAAGUCAACUCGCCCAUUGGCCACACUGAGGCCCGCGCCGGCGAGUUCAAGGCGGCUAUCUCCAGCUGCAGCGUCAAGGGCUACACCUACACAAGCCCGCCGCCGUAUGUCCAGAGCCAAACGUCCACCUCCCCCGAGUCCCCUACCGUGGUCCCCCAGGACUGGUCUGCGCGACGUAUGUCGUCCGAAUGUGCCACCACAUACCGUGUUCAGGAGGGCGACACGUGCGACAGCAUCGCCGUUGCACAAGAGGUGCCCAGCAGGGACCUCGUCGAAGCCAACCACAAGCUAGAUGGCUGGUGUGGUGGUCUCGAAGCCGGCAUGGACUUGUGCCUGCCUGCCAAGUGCAAAGUGCACCCCCUGAAGCCUGAAGACUCAUGCGAGUCGCUGCUGGAGGCUUAUGGCGCUGGACAGAAGAGCCUGGCCGAGUGGAACCCGAGGUUGUAUAUCCAAUGCGACAACUUGAAAGCCAUUACAGGCUACAUCUGCACCCCCGGUCAUCAGCAACAGGCCGCUUAA